AUGAGUGUAAAUCGUUUCAAAAUUGUCUUGGUAGUUUUUACCUAUUUCAUGGACUUAACGUGUUUUCAAGCUAUGUCUGUAUUCUUACCAUCGGCUCCAAUCAGCAAAGCUGGGAAGAUCCUUGACGACCAAAAAACAGCAAAAAAGAUGAAGGAUAUCUACGUAUCGUCACCAUUAUCAUCAUCUAAUGGUAAAAGUUCUCAGCGAGGCCGAGGAUCGAAAGACUCGGUGCAACCGCAUGAAUACAUGCUCUCCAUCUACAAGACCUUCUCAGCAGCAGAGAAGUUGGGGCUGAAUGCAAGUCUUUUUCGAGCAUCUAAAGCUGCGAACACUAUUACAAGUUUUGUGGACAUUGGGCAAGAUGACCUGCUGACCUCUCCCCUCCAGAGACAAAAAUAUCUAUUUGACAUCUCGACCCUCUCUGAUAAAGUGGAGCUACUGGGUGCCGAGCUACGGAUAUACACAAAGGUUUCCGGGAUCCUCCGGGCGUCCGAGAUGGGCGCGGUAGAAGUCCAGAUUUUGUCCUGUCAGUCGCACCACGUGCUGGACUCCAAAACCCUGGACCUGGGGGACUCUUUGAAGCCCCACUGGGAGGUCCUGGACAUAUGGGAGAUCUUCCAGGACUGGCAGAGACACCUCCAGGGCCGCCACUUCUGCCUGGAGCUCCGGGCCAUGGUGGACAACCCUGAGAGGGAGGUGGACCUGCAGCAGCUGGGUUUCCGCAGAAACAACCGCCCGCACCUGAAGAAGGCCAUCCUGGUGGUCUUCACUCGGUCCAAGAAGCGGCAGAGCCUCUUCUAUGAGAAGCGGGACAAGAUCAGAGGGCAUGUGGCGUGGGAGAAGAAGAACGUGGCCAAGGAGAACAACUCCCAGCAUCACCAACAACAGCAGCAGCACCAGCAGCAUCAGCAGCAGCUGAGGACCGGCCGCAGUCGACGCGCGGCGCUCUCCGCGCCCGGCGGCGGCGGCGGAGGCGCCCGCCACGGCAAGCGCCACGGCCGGCGCUCCCGCUGCAGCAAGCGCCCGCUGCACGUGAACUUCCGCGAGCUGGGCUGGGACGACUGGAUCAUCGCGCCGCUGGACUACGAGGCGCACCACUGCGAGGGCGUGUGCGACUUCCCGCUGCGCUCGCACCUGGAGCCCACCAACCACGCCAUCAUCCAGACGCUGAUGAACUCCAUGCGGCCGGGCACCAUGCCGCCCAGCUGCUGCGUCCCCUCCAAGCUCAGCCCCAUCAGCAUCCUCUACAUCGACGCCGGCAACAACGUCGUCUACAAGCAGUACGAGGACAUGGUGGUGGAGGCCUGCGGCUGCAGGUAGCCACGCCGAGGAGACGGGUCAAAUCACGGGUGACACAGGAGCUGGGAGGAAAGGAUUCAUCGCUCAGAGAAGAAGAAAGAGAAUGAUUUGAGGAAGAGAGAGAGAAGAGGAAAACAAAACAGAAAUAAACAUGCUUUUUCAUUUGACAUUUGGAGUGAGAGAAAAAAAAUGAUGAUGCGAGGAAGAGAGAGUGUGAGAGAAAGAAAGAGAGAAAGAAAAUGAGACAGAUUGACUUGCAAUGCAUUCAUGCCUUUGGCAGAAGCUUUGAUCCAAAGUGACUUGCAGUAUAAGACAGGUAUGCAGUCAUUUGUCAGUUAGUGUGCAUUUAGGGUGUUUGAGUCAAAUCAGUCACCUCUGCUCUAUGCUUGCCAUAAAGACAAAGCUAUAGGAACACUUGAAUAAGGGAGGUCAUUGUGGCUCCCUUGGUUGUGCUACUGUACAUAUAAUGGGAGUGCAGCUGGAGAUUGCAGACGCAUCAGGGCAACAUGAAGCCAUUCUCCAUUUCCAUACAUAUCUUACUGUAGUGCUGUCACAGCACCUCCCAUCUUAAUCUCUGAAUAGUACAGGUUGGGUAUCUUGUAUGUCAUUGCCACGUCUUCUUAUGUUACUCUCCAAAUGUCAGUCAAAUGUCAAUGAGGGGAAGGAGAUAAUGAAGUGGGCGCAAAUGACUGCAAACCAUUACAUCCAAAGCAGCCACACAGGUCAAUGAACAGCUUUUGGUUACAUUUGUAAAUAGUUGUACAUUAUAA